AUGCCAGCUAUUACGCCUACGCAGCUUGCUGCUCUACAGCAUAAUACAAAGAAUAUUCGAAACAUUUGUAUACUUGCUCAUGUUGAUCAUGGCAAAACAACACUAUCUGAUUCACUUUUGGCAACCAAUGGUAUCAUUUCUUCCAAAAUGGCAGGAAAAAUAAGAUAUCUUGAUUCUCGAGAAGACGAACAAGAAAGAGGUAUCACUAUGGAAUCAAGUGCAAUCAGUUUAUACUUUAAGCUUCUCAAGACAAAUGAAGAGGGUAAAGCUACGGAAAGUGAAUACUUGAUCAAUUUGAUCGAUUCACCUGGACAUGUCGAUUUUUCUUCUGAAGUAUCCACAGCCUCGCGUUUAUGUGAUGGUGGCCUUGUUCUAAUUGAUGUGGUCGAAGGAGUCUGUACACAGACCAUAUCUGUAUUACGCCAAGCAUGGAUAGAUAAAGUACGACCCAUACUCGUGUUUAACAAGAUGGAUCGAUUGAUUGUAGAGCUAAAGAUGACACCACAUGAAGCAUAUAUCCAUAUCAACAAAAUUCUUGAACAAGCAAAUGCGAUCAUGGCUACAUUUUUCACUGGAGACUUGAUGGAAGAGGAGGCUUUGAAGCUCGCAGCAGAGAAGGCACAGAAAGUCGAAGAGGAAGAAUUUGAUACAAACAAGAUUUAUGACUGGAGUAUGGAAGAACAUGAUGACUCUGAUAUUUACUUUGAUCCUGCGAGAGGAAAUGUCGUGUUUGCAAGUGCUGUCGAUGGUUGGGCAUUUAGAAUCCAACAGUUUGCAUCGUUUUAUGCAAAGAAGCUUGGAUUUAAGGAACAGGUGCUUCAAAAGUGUCUUUGGGGAGAAUACUACUUUGAUGCGAAAGCCAAGCGUGUUAUUCUUCCAAAGCAUCUGAAAGGAAGAAACUUGAAGCCAAUGUUUGUCCAAUUUGUACUUGACAAUAUUUGGGCAGUAUACAGCAGCGUUGUGAUCGAACCGGAUAAGGAACGCGUCGAAAAGAUUGUGAAUGCAUUAAAGAUCAAGGUACUACCCAGAGACUUAAAAUCUCGUGAUUCUCAAGUGCUAUUAUCUGCCAUCUUCUCUCAAUGGCUUCCUCUUUCUACUUGUAUACUUUUAGCCAUCAUUGGACAACUGCCACCUCCAUCUGAUGCUCAAAAGAUACGUAUACCAAGAAUGUUAUAUCCCAACGAUCGCUUUAAGCGAAACGAGCAAGUUGAACCUACCAAUACAGUUGAACAAGCACUUUACAACUGCGACACGUCCGAUGAAGCACCUGUUGUUGCCUACAUUAGUAAAAUGUUUGCUGUUCCUGUUGCAUUAUUACCAGAGAACCGACGAAAGCAAAUGACAGCUGAAGAGAUGCGACAGAAAGGAAGACAGCAACGUGAUUUACGCGCUACUCAUGCGCUAUUAGACAAGUCUGGAGAAGGUAUUCCAAUUGAUGCUGAGCAAAUCGCUGCCUUGACGGAGGAAGUGGAAGCACUCGAAAAGCAAAACAUGGAAGAACUCAAGGGUGAACGUAUCAUUGGAUUUGCUCGUCUUUACAGUGGCCGUAUACGUGUUGGACAGAAAUUAUAUGUGCUUGGUCCCAAGUAUGAUCCCAAGUCUCCUAAUAAGCAUGUAUCUGAGAUCACUGUCGAAAGCCUGUAUCUUAUCAUGGGCCGUGAAUUAGAGUGCCUGGAAGAAGUUAGUGCGGGUAAUGUGUUUGGUAUUGGUGGAUUGGAAGGCCACAUCUUGAAGAACGGCACAUUGACAAGCACACUAUCUGAUGUCAAAAAUAUGGCCGGUGUAACGUUGGAGAGUGCUCCAAUUGUGCGUGUAGCUCUGGAACCUGAGGACCCUACUGAGAUGAACAAAUUGGUCGAGGGUCUUCGUCUGUUGAACCAAGCAGAUCCUUGUGUUGAAGUUAUGCUUCAAGAAACAGGUGAACAUGUCAUAUUAACUGCUGGUGAACUUCAUUUAGAGAGAUGUUUACGUGACUUGAAAGAACGGUUUGCCAAGAUUGAAAUCCAUGUAUCUGAUCCAAUCGUGCCUUUUCGAGAAAGUAUUGUCCGUGGUGAGCUGCCGAUCAAUAAGGAAAAGGACGGCGUUAGCUUGCCAAGGGGUAGAAUUGACAUCAAGCUGAACUCCAAACAUCUCACCCUUCAAAUUCAAACGGUUCCUCUUCCUCCUCGAAUCACUGAACUCUUAUUGAAGCAUGCUCCUUCCAUCAAGGCUAUUGUCGAAGAAAAACUUGCCAAGAAGAUAGUAAAGAUCGAAUCUGACGAAGACUCUCUCGAAAACUCUGGUAACACCAGCACAGCAAGUAGCAAUAAACUUUUAUCUGCUAAAGAACUACGAACACUGCUUGAAAAAGAAUUUAUGGAAGCCAAGAAAGAAGGUGGACCAUUUGCACAAUAUUGGGAUGGCAUCGUUGAUCAGAUAUGGGCAUUUGGUCCUCGUCGUACAGGAUCAAACAUUUUGGUCAAUCGAGUUCCCGGAUAUGUUAGACGAUCAUUCUUUGAAAUGGAUUCAACAAAGAGUACAGAGAUUGUUGCUGAUCAUGCUGAUGAAGUAAUCAAGGUCGAAGAAAACGAGAAUGAUUUGUCCAUUCUAGAUUUCGAUUUCCAUAUCCAUACAGGAUUUCAAUUGAGCACCUUGUCAGGUCCCUUAUGCGCUGAACCAGUGACCGGUGUCUGUUAUAUCGUUCAAGCAGUCGAUAUUCAUCCACCUGAAACUGUCAAUGGUGGAGAAUCCACGGAUACGCGUUCUCGAUUGCAUGUGAUCCAAGGACAAGUCAUUGCGGCCACCAAAGAAGCUUGCCGUCAAGGUUUCCUUGAUUGGUCACCUCGUUUAUUGCUUGCGAUGUAUACAUGUGAUAUCCAGGCUACAGCUGAGGUUCUUGGUCGUGUUUAUGGAGUCAUUUCAAGACGUAAAGGACGAAUUAUAUCCGAAGACCUUAAGGAUGGUACACACUUUUGGCAGAUCCAUGCUUUAUUGCCUGUUGUCGAAAGUUUUGGCUUUUCUGAUGAAAUUCGCAAGAGGACAUCUGGUGCAGCUAGCCCACAGCUUGUGUUUAGUGGAUUUGAAAUGCUAGAUGAAGAUCCUUUCUGGGUUCCUACUACAGAAGAAGAAUUGGAAGAUUUGGGUGAAAAGGCAGAUAAAGAGAAUUUAGCUAGAAAGUAUAUGGACAUGGUUAGAAAGAGAAAGGGUAUGUUUGUAGAAAAGAAGUUGGUAGAACAUGCCGAAAAGCAGCGAACAUUGAAAAAGAAUUAA